CCACAAACUACCAAAAAGAUAACAACAUCAAUAAAAUAUCGGCUAUCAUGGCAGCUUCUUCUAUCUGGAGUAGGAAGCGUGACCUGGUGUAUCUUGUUUUCUUUUUGACGCAUUUGCCAGUUAUGCUUGCCUUCGACCUAACGUCCUACUACCCUGCCUCCCUAAAACCCCUCUGGAUGUCCUCCAUCCGCACCUGGUACAUCGCCACCUACGGCGACCGCUUCUUCUUCUCGCCCCCCCCUUGGUUCCCUCUCUUCACCCUCCUCGAAGCCCUCUACCACCUGCCCCUCACCCUAUGGGCCAUCCCCGCACUCCUACGCGCCGACCCGCGCGUCCCGCUCGCGCUGCUCGUGUUCGGCCUCGAGACGAGUAUUACGACGCUGGUGUGUCUGGCGGAGAUGCUGAGUUGGGAGGAGUUGGGACCGGAGCAGCGGGGGGUGAGCGGGCUGGGGGGGUUGUAUGGGGCGUAUUUGGGGGUUGGCGUCUUUAUGGCUGUGGAUUGCUAUGCGAGGCUUGAUCAGAUUGUGGCGAGGCAGGAGGGUCUGCAGCCUGUUACGAAGAAGGAGCUUUGAGAGAACGAUCCUGUGGGGAGGGAAAUACUCCGCUGGAGUUCCGGUGGGGAGACGGGGCGGCUAGCUGUGGCAGGCAGACGCGAGCAGGAAUGCCAUGCAUGCAGUGGGGAGACAGCAAUAGGGAAAGGCAGCAGAAAAAGGCACAGAAAAAGGCACCAGGAAAAGAGAUGGACGGCACGCGACCGCGUUUCGUAUCUAAGCAUCGCCCCCAGCCGGCGCAGCGGUUCACGCUCCGCGGCUCCCGGAACUUACAAAGUCCUCCAAAUUGAUGCUUUUGACUCCAGCCUGAAAGAAUGCCCUAAACAACGCCAAGCGCUAGAAAGAAUAGAGAGCACGAAAGAGUCCACUCGUCAAACAAAAGACCCACAUCUUAUAUCGUAGCACCUCGAUGCUGGCCCUACCGUGGCCUCCUUAGCUUUUAUGCUCAUCGCGCCGCCUCCUCUACCUCUU